CCAAAUUUGGGCAAAAGACCCAUUUGUGAAGUAUUUAUAGCACGAAGUGGGUUGUUGCUGCCGCAACUUUAAUUGUACCUGACAUGGCACAGAUUCAGGCGGUUACGUUCAUGGCCCGCAGAUUUUCACUUGGCUCUCGUUGUCCUCCCGAUGAGUAACAAUGUUUGGCCUGCGCUUUACCACUUCGCUUUCAGCGAUAGCAACUCCCAUCCGCCAUGAUUCUUUUCCCCAAAAUUUGCAGCCCCGCAUCUAGUGUUUCAAAAUCCCACUCCAAAUUUUGGGAUUUUAAAACUGCGAAUGAAGAUGAUAAAAGGCUAUUUUGCGGGGUCCUCUGUGAGUAUCAAACUUUCUCUCAUGUGUGUAUCGACUGCCCUAUUUUGAGCCCAGUAGAAUUUCCCAUCGUCUCGAGAAUUCCUCCAGAUUUGUGUAAUAUAAUGCACCUUCAAAAAGUUAAUAAAUUGCGUGCAGGGUCUAGCUAUAUGUUCGAACGUCACGAAUUGCAAAUGCUGUAUCAGCAUCGUAUGUCAGUCUUCUGAAUGAGAGGUUUGUAACGAAGAGAAUCAAGCAUGGGGUGAAAGCGCUGUAGGCUGAUCAUCUGGUGAAUUUGGUUUGGCUAUAUUUGCAGUCUAAGUGAACAGAAGAAUCCGUUUUGAAUGAAGGAACGAUUGUUAUCUUCAUUCCUUUGCUCCAGAAAUAUGCUGUAACGUCUUCUCUAAGUCAGGUUCUGUAGAGUACAAUGUGCAGAACAAAAACUUCCAAUGUAAGCUAGGUGUAAUCUGUUUUGGGGUCUCCAGAUCCAUGAUACUGUCUCUCAUGUAGCUACUACUGUCAAAGUAACUCAGAUAACAGAUAGUUCUUGAUGUAAAAGCACG